GUGUGUGUGUCUGACUGUGUGUGACUGUGUGUGACUGUGUGGGUGUAAAAGUGUUGUUGCCAGUAUUGCAGAUUGGGAAUGCAUAAAGAGAACUAGAUCAAAAAUUUCAUGUGGGAAAGUGACUACCGGGGAAGAAAUGGAGAAAAAAUGAAAACAGCAGCAAAUGGCAAAGGAAGUAUAUUAAAAAAGGCAAGUACAGAAAGAGAGGUUGAUAAAUAAAAUGGAAUAGUUGUGGAAAGCAGAAGAGAAAAAGUGUACAGAAGGGGGACAGAGAAGAUGGGAACAAGGACAAACUAUGAAGAAAAAAUGUUAAAUUAUUAAAGGUGGCUGGGUGGAAAACUGGCAGAAAAGGAGAGUCAUUUAAAUGAAGUGAACAAGUAAAGAGGAAAAGUGGAAGAUGGAGCAAGGACAGAAUAGAAUGGAGAAGAGGCCAUUGGAUAACAAGCAGUGACGGUUGAGAAUUUCACCUUAUUUAAAGAGAAGCUGACGCUGAAGGCACAUACAAUCAAUGUGAUUCCAUGUAUGUUUCAAACACUGAAACCACUCAACCCACUCAGAUUCCAACUGGAAUGGGGGAAAAUGGAUACGAAAGGUUACACGCGUCUAAUCCACCUGCACGGAGACCGCGUGACAGUGGCAUCGCCCGAUUUGAAGGACAAAUACUACAUUUUUGAAAGCCAGGUGGCAAACGGGAUCUGCUCUCUGGUGAUUAAUCCCACAGAGAUGACAGACAGCGGCACUUAUCAGGUCCGGCUGAAAAUUGUAGGAAAGCUGUACGAGCCGGUUCCAUCUAUAGACAUUCAAGUUAAGAAUCAAGACACAGAUUCACGGGGAUUGUCCGAUAAAAAGUCUGAAACAACGACUAUUGCAUCAACAGCCGCAGCCACUGUCUCUUUUGAAGACGAGAUCCUCCAAUAUAUUAACUCAAGUGCUAAAAGGGAGACUACGACUAGUAUAGUCCUUGGAAUGCUCCUUGUUGUAGGCGUAAUAGGCUUACUAAUAGCAGUCCAACAAUGUAUGAACAGAAGGCCAAAAAACCCGGCUGGAGACGAAGAAAACCCAUCUAGUGAUGAAGAAAAGCCAUCUAGUGAUGAAAAAAAGCCACCAGUUAAGACUUCAAAGAAAGGGAAAGAUAAAAAGAAGAAGAAGAAGAAGAAGAAGAAGAAAAGAGAAAAAAGCAAGUCAGAAAAGUCUUCUGAUGAGAGUGAGGAAAGCGCGUCUAGUAAAUCAGAAGAGAGUGAGGAAAGCGCGUCUAGUAAAUCAGAAGAGAGUGAAAGUGACUAGAACAGGAGUGACUGGACAUCAUUACAAGUAUAUCAUGAGAACAAAGAGAAUUUAGAAGCUUCCUUGGAUAAGAAUGACUUAUUGAUAGAAGAAUAAAUCCUAAAAUUGAAAGACGCUGCUUUAAUUGGAGGAAGGACUUUUGUCUCUUUUCAGCCUCAUCUCUGAUGUCACUAUGGAAUGAAAAACUGAAAGAUUUUCCAUUUUUUAUUCUAAUCCGCAAAUUCUGUCAUUUUAUAAAAAUAUUUUCAAUAAAACCUAAAUAAUUUUAUAAUUUCUUCUUUGUAUUCAUCUCUUUGAUAUACUAUGUGUAGUUGUGUGUUUUUUACAUUUCUUUAAAUGUCAUUAACAUGACUUUGUAAGUAGCAGAAUUAUGAAAUCUAUCCUUACAGAGUCCACUUAUUGGAGCAAACUUGUACAGGCAUGGGACUUGUUAUCCAGAAUGAUCAGGAACUGCGGUUUUCAGGAUAAG